AUGCGUCUCAUAUUCUUAUAUCUCGGGGUGUGCGUGUCAGUCACGGUUGCACAAGUCUGCAAUGGAUAUGCCGAACUCUGUGGUCGAAAAUGGUCAAACAUAUCCGAGAUCGGGACGCACGAUAGUGCCUUCGUGGGAGAAUUACCAACAGAGAACCAAGAUAUCGACGUCACGGCCCAACUCAACGCCGGUAUUCGAUUUCUUCAAGCCCAGACUCAUUACUUUUUCGGCGUGUUAACAUUGUGUCACACCUCAUGUUUUGAGUUGGAUGCCGGGCCAGCGGUCAAUUAUCUCUCGGAUAUCAAGACGUGGCUUGAUUCAAACCCCAACGACGUUGUCACCUUACUACUUACGAAUGGAGAUUAUGUCCCUGUUGGAAAUUUUAGUGCGGUGAUGGAGGCUUCUGGUCUGGCACGCUAUGCAUAUACGCCACCACAUCAACUAGCCAUCGAUGAAUGGCCUACACUUCAGGAAAUGAUCACGGCUGGAGAUCGACUUGUUAUGUUCCUCGACUACGACGCAAACACAAACGUCGCGCCGUAUAUUCUCCCGGAAUUUUCCUACUUCUUUGAAACGGCGUACGAUGUAACUACCCCUACUUUCCCUACAUGUACACUCGAUCGACCCCCGGGCUCUGAUGGAGCAGGACUUUUGCCACUGAUAAACCACUACUUGGAUCUUGACAUUUUUGGCAUUCUCAUACCCGAUAGAUUGGCCGCUCCAACGACCAAUGCCGCAACGGGUGUAGGUAGUAUAGGGGCCCAAGCCGAUCUCUGCACAGCAGCCUGGGGUCGGAAACCGCGAGUAAUGCUCCUCGAUUACUUCAACACGGGAAAUGCAUUGGCAGCACAGAACACUCUGAAUGGCCUGCCAGUGAAGAAUUCGGCCGGUUCGAACUCGAUAGUUCCUCCUCAAUGGCUUUCAUUUUGCUUGAUUGUUUUCGCAACAUUGCGUGUUCUCUCCUGA